AUGGUUGUUAAUAUCACACCGAAAAUCAAACAUGUUAGGCCAAAACUCACUGUGACACAGAAGGCCAACCAUCGCAAAAAGGCUGUUGGCCUUUCAAAUGCCAUUGAUGAGGCAUGGGAAGCAUAUCAGGAGGAAGCUGCAGUUAUUUCAGAAAAAUACAAAUGGAGCACCAAGUGGACUCAGCUCCAGUUGCACAACAAUAGAGGCCUGCGCCUGCACCAAAAACCUAAUGCAUGGAAUGCAUUCACAAGUCAAAAACUGAAUGAAGUGAACCAAGGUAUUAGCAUUGAAGGCUUCUACAUUGCAGUUCGUGGUGAUGUUGAACAUUUUCAUGAAUUGAAGAUUUUCUACACACCCAAAGCCCAGUCCUUCAUCAAGGAGAUCUCACAUCUCAAUCCAAAGCAUUUUGCACUCAAGUUCAAAUCAUGGGUAACUGGUAAUUUUGAUACUCAUGCUGAUUCAACACACCAUUUGUCUCCCACCAAGUUGAUUAAUUUAUGUUGCACCAACAUUCAGGAGGGACUCAAUGCCAUCAUGAGAAAAUGCAACUUGUCGAAGAAGAUUAAGAUGAACUAUGACAACUACAAGAAGAAAAUCAUCAAGAUGCACAGCAUUGCACUUGAGGGCUGGACAUGCGGCAAGGUUCAGAACCCUGGCAAGAUUUGCCAUUGCAAAGACCUGGUAACACUCCUUGAUGCAUUGGUGAAUGAACAAUGCUUGUGGAUUCAACUUACCCAAGAGCAAGUGGAGCAGCACAUAGCAGGUAACCGUGAAUGA